AUGAAAAUCUCCAAGUGUAUUCUUCUUUUGCUAUUUGCAAUAACCUUUGCUAAGAGUCGAGCAAAAUUAGAAGGGCUGCCAAGCUUAAAGCAAGGGAACUCCUUGAAAGCUGAGGAAGAGAGCAACUUCUUGGUUUCUCCAGGUGGAACAUUUUCUAGUGGAUUUUACAAAGUUGGCGCCAAUGCCUCCUGUUAUUCAAUAUGGUUCACCAAUACUGUUGAUAAAACUGUUGUCUGGAUGGCUAACCGAGAUAAGCCCAUCAGUGAAAGCGGCUCGAAGCUAACCCUCCAUGGAGCUGGCAACCUGGUUUUAACAGAUGCACAAGGUUCAGUUGUGUGGGAAACUAAUACAAUCCUCAAGGAAAUCGUGGAACUUCAGCUUCUUGAGACAGGAAAUUUGGUGCUAACUAACCAAGAUGGCACGAUCAUCUGGCAGAGCUUUAAUUCUCCAACAGACACACUUCUACCAACACAGCCGCUCACCAAGAACAAAACGUUGGUGUCCAUGAGAAGCCAAGGUACAUACUUAUCUGGAUACUACAACUUGAAGUUCGAUGAUAACAACAUUUUGUUUCUCAUCUACAAUGGCCCUCAACUUUCUAGUGUUUAUUGGCCCGAGCUUGUUUCAAAUGUUUUUGUAAAUGGUAGAAAUCCUUACAACAGCACUAGAAUGGCUAUUUUAGAUGAGGCUGGACACUUUGUAUCCAGUGACAAUAUGCUGUUUUAUGCAUCUGACUAUGGGGUUGGUCCAAAGCGGCGGUUAACAAUGGACUAUGAUGGCGUCUUAAGGUUGUACAGUCUCAAUGAAUCGACAGGGUUGUGGGAACUGUCAUGGUUGCCUGCUGGUGUUGAUUCAUGCCUGGUUCAGGGAUUGUGUGGGGAAUAUGGUAUCUGCACAUACAAACUGUUGGCAUGUAUAGUGGCGGGAAACAUGAUCCGUGUUUUACGGAGUGAAUCCCGGAAAGUGAAUUCGUAG